GUUCUUUGGGGGUGAUCUUUGGCUCCUCUCAGAUCUUGCAAGUUGAUUGUUGCUCCUCAAGAUCCAUCCUUCUUGACUGUCACCCCUUCUUAUGCCCAUAUUCAUUCUACAUACAUGUAGCUGUUGGACGUGACAUGUAGAGAGAAGCUGCAAGGAUGAAGAACUCAUUGUGGCAUUGUUCAAGGUUUCGUUCGACAAGGUGCCUUUGGCUCUUUCGAGAACUGGAGCUGCUUUAUCCUGGCGAGUUACCAGAGCUGAAUUUGAUUUCUUUGGAUGAAACUACUCUAAGGACCGAGAAGCCCGAAAGCCUUUUAAAAGUCAACAGACAGGGAAAGGUCCCAACAUUCCAGUCCGACGAUGGCUUGGUCCUGUUUGAAAGCGCUGCAAUCUGCAAUUAUUUCUGUCGCCGCUUCGACACCGAAGAAAAGUUGCUUCGACGGGAUGCCAACUCCAUGGCCCGCCAUGACAUGAUCGCGCACUACGCGUGUGGCACUGCUGAUAAUGUGCUUGCAACGUCUUCACCGAUUCAAAGAGUUCUAGACGACCCCAGACCUGGAUACCAGGAAAAUGUGCUUGCUGCCAACGAAAAGGCUUGGCAUCAAUUGGUUGCCCCAACACUGGAGGAUUUCGUCAAGAGCAGGCCUCCCUUCUUUUCGGCUUCAGAUGUCAUAUUUGGCUUUACCAUUGCAGCAUGUGCUCGGAAGUUUCCUGAGCGACUAGCUGCGUUCCCAGUGUUACAAUCAUUCCAUGACAAAGAAAUUGCGACACGACCAGCAUAUCAAGCCGCAAUGGAGGAGUGAAACUCAAUUGUCUGGAUUUGCUGCUAGCCAGUAACUUUUAGCUAGCUAAUUAGGCCAGAAUCUGAUCAAGUUC